UCUUCAGUCUGGGGCAUGAGCUGCUGAUGUAUCACAGUAGUCCGUAGCAACAGGAAACCUCGGUAUAAAAAGCAGCGUCGCAGGGGGAACCCUCCUAAGAGUCUCACAGCCGCAGCAUGACCAGGACGGAGCGCCUGAGAGUUUGGACUUAACAAAACAAUGCCCAGCCUAAUCGUCGAACCACUCAACACACAGCAGUUCAUCAUGGACAGAGAUGACAGGAAGAGAAACAAGAACAUUGGAAAGAACUUUAUGUGCCGACUCCAAGGCAUGUUCUCACACUCAUCAAGCUCUGAGAGGCUAACUUUAGAAGACACCCAACAAUGGUCACAGUCACUGGAACGGCUUCUGGAGUCUAAAUAUGGACUGGCGACUUUUCGCAACUUCCUCAAAUCUGAAUACAGCGAUGAGAAUAUUGAGUUUUGGCUCACUUGUGAAGACUAUAAGAAGAUCAAGUCUUCGUUCAGGAUGUCCUCAAGAGCAAAGAAGAUUUAUGAGCAGUUCGUCAAGGCAGAAUCUCCCAAGGAGAUCAACAUCGACUAUCACACCCGAGAGCAGAUCAAACGAAGCGUCAAGUCUCCCACCCUGCACUGCUUUGACGAUGCUCAGAAGAUCGUUUAUGGGCUGAUGGAAAGAGACUCGUACCCGCGGUUCCUCCGCUCGGACAUUUAUAGAACUCUCCUGGAAAACCUUGCUGCUGAUGCUGCGAAGGGUUGAGGAACGCAGUCCCGGGGGGAAAGAGAGAGGACGGACUUAAAAACCAUAACUGGAAUGUCUGAGCUCCUUCAGGAGGAAAGACUGAACACAAAGAAGGAAGGAGGGCCGAGCCGCGUGCCCCACGGACACAAACAGAGGCCUCGCUUCUCGGACAGCGAUCCAGACUAUGGAGGAUCCCUAUACUGAGAAGGUCACAUGUGGGGAUCGUGGGACAAAAAGAAGAGAACAACACGGACCCUUAAGUGUAUGUUUGCACUGGAUACAUCUGUGGACGCAGGUCCUUUGAACAGUGACUAUGAAUGAACUAGUGGGGUGACUGACGCCCACGCAGUGGACCUCCUUUGACCUUCUUUGCAGAGGUGUUUCCUGUGCAGAUAAAGAUAGUGGAUGUACAAUGCAAAGGUCACACUUGAGUAGCUGUGAGUGUGUGUUUAAGAGAGUAGAUGUAGUUUUUAAGUGCUACUGACACAGAAUAAGCUGUCGCAACACAAGUGGGCCAAUUAUCUAAUGAAACAAAGCCAACAAAUCCAUAGUGGACACAGGACUCUAAAGUGAUGUGUCAUCGUUAGUAAAGAGGCUGAAGAAAGCUCUGCAAAAAGGAAUUCUGGGACAUUUUGAAAGGAGAUUUUUCUUGUUCUUUUUUAAUUGGAUGGGUGUGGGUUUGUAAAAACUGUGGAUUUAAGCUGCCUGAGAGUGAUUUUCAUGCCAGUGUUUGAUAUUUUAAUCACUUUUAACAAAGAGAAAAAGUAGUUUUUAUUUAAAGUAAAAGACAAAUGACUAUAUUUGUAACUGUGCACAUAUUUUUGUGAGGAAGUGGAACUAAACUCUGCACUACAGCAACUAGAAGUUCCCAUUUUUGAAUGGCGGUGACGUCUAAUUUAACGUCAUAGCACAGUGAAGACUGCUGGCCGUUGUCUUAAACUAAACCAAAUUCUUCCAGCACUUAAGUUGUGAUUUUAUGCAAUAAACUAUUUGAGUGCAAUGAUUUUAGAUGGUAGGAUGUGUCACAUUACAUGGUAGGAUGUUAAAACUCCUCAUAUACCCCCAGAAUAAGCCUGCUUCCUAAAGCACUGUGUUUGAAUGUAUUCUUAGAUAGUUAACUUAAACAGUGUAUUAUUUAUUGUUCAUUGUCACCAUUUGAGUACAAAGUUUGUUGCAGUGUUGAAGUGCUUGUUAGUGAUUUCAAAGACAUUAAAUUAUUUAAAUUGC